UUCAGCUAGAAAUCCGCAAGACUCAAAACCCUCCGCCGAUUACUCGUAUUAUACAUUCUCCCCAACACACUGAUUCAUACACCUCACCGGUGACGGAGCUGUAGGGAAGAUGUUGAAGUUGAAGCAGUUGACUUCUUCGAGAUCGGCGGUUGCUCUCAGUUCACGGCUGUUGUUCACACAAGAAGAUAAAAUGUUUUUACCAGCAAACAUCCCCACGCGUUUCACCUCCAAUCGGUUCCUCGAUUUCUAUCAGCUUGGAAAUAAGGACGCGAUCGAGAAAGAGCGUGCUCGGCUUAAAGAUGAAAUGAAUAGGGGAUAUUUUGCUGAUAUGGCUGAACUCAAACAACAUGGUGGUAAGAUUGCCAUGGCAAAUAAGAUUAUUAUUCCAGCAAUGGAAGCUUUGAAGUUUCCUCAGCUAGAAGUAAAUUACUCAAAUGGAAAACGUUUCAAACUACCCAUCACUAAUUUUGGAACUAUCAAUGAAUCAAUGAAGACUGAUACCCCAAAAGCAACAUUGAUGUGUCUUUCAUUCCGUGCAACUUCACAGGCAAUGACUGAUUCUUGGAGUUUUCCUUUUGUUGAAGCUUUUAGGGACUCAGAGAAAGUUCAAUUAUAUGAGAUCUCCUUCAUUGAAUCAUGGUUUUUAUCUCUCGCCCCUAUAAAGACACUAUUACUACGCAUGUUAAAAAAGCCAAAACGCCAUGAAAGUGAUGGUUUAUUGAAGAGAGAAAUAGCAUAUGCUUUUGGUGACCAUUAUUACUUCAGAAAAGAGCUCAAAAUACUCAACCUUCUAACUGGUUAUAUAUUCUUGGUGGACAAAUUUGGUAGAAUACGUUGGCAAGGUUUUGGAUUGGCAACAGAAGACGAGUUGUCUUCACUUCUAUCAUGCACUUCACUUUUGCUGAAAGAAGAAUGAUGCUAAAUGCCAGGUCAGCAAUGUUACAAAAAGUUUUGUUUUUUUUUGAGGAUUUAUUUAUCAUCAUUCAUGAGAUUUGAGAAGUGUGGAUUAAACUGUUUGAUACAAGGCCUUGAUAAUAAGAGUCAUAUUGCAUCUCAAAUUAAGUAUUGUACUUUUGAUCAUAAUUUUCUUUAUCACUUGUGUUACAUUAUGUUUCUGUUUUCUCUUUAAAUAACAAAUUUAAGCAAAAAAAUAAAUAAAUUAUUGAUGAUA